GUCCCUCUUUCUGUUUCCUCAAUGUUGGGAGGUAUGGUAAGAUGCAGGGCCCUAAAGUAAAAUGAUGACAUUUAAGGAGAGGAAAUUGCCAUUUUGCACAGGUAUAUUGUAUUUUGGUGUUGCCAUUUUAAAUAAAACGGAAUUGACGUUGGGACGGCAGGCUAAGCAAUGUCAAUUUGUUGAGAACUGAACUGAGUCCUUGCUCUGCAUGAUGAGUACAGGAAACUGACAAGUAACAGGUUGUUUUUAUCUUGGAAGCCGCUGCUCCUUUAAGAGGAGUUGCGUAGCAACGCGUUGAUUUCCCGGCCUGCUCAGGAAAGUCUGUGACUGGCGGACGGGCUAAGAGGCUGCACCUACAGACAGUGGCCUCUCGAAGGCAAGGCAAGGAGACUGGAUUCGCUCAGGCUUUCUCGCAGCCUUAUCGGCGCGUCCUGUUUUCGUUGUGAACAGUGAGAGAAUGCACACUACACAGGCCUUAGAACGGAGCACUCCUAGAUAGAGGCUCCCGGGACUCGUACAUUCAGCUUUCAGGCCUCGCUCAGCCCCUAUGUGAGUGUUCCGAUACAAGGAUGACAGUCGCGGCCCUCCACUGAUAUUGCCGCACGCUCUGUUUACGUUUGGAAUUGGACAUGGAGGAAUCUUCCCCAAAAUCAUUGCUUGAUAUUACCCUGCUUUAUAUAAGCACUCAUCUUGAAAAGUUUUGCGGGGAGAGGCAAGAUGGAACCUACUGCUUACAAGAUGCUGCAAUAUUUCCUCAAGAGGUGGCAGACCGAUUGCUGCAGGCAAUGGCUGUUCAAAGACAGCUAAAUGAAGUAACUGUAGGAAUUUUCCGUGGGAACCAGUUGCGUCUGAAGCGUGCUUGUAUUCGCAAGGCAAAGAUCUCUGCUGUAGCUUUCCGAAAAGCUUUCUGCCACCAUAAACUAGUUGAACUUGAUGCUACAGGGGUUAAUGCUGACAUCACUAUUACUGACAUCAUUAGUGGCCUCAGCAGUAGCAAAUGGAUCAGAGAGAACCUUCAGUGCCUGGUGCUGAAUUCUUUGACUCUGUCCCUAGAGGAUCCAUAUGAGCGAUGCUUCAGCCAGUUGUCUGGCCUUCGUGUUCUGAGCAUUACCAAUGUUUUAUUCUACAAUGAAGACUUGGCUGAUGUUGCUUCCCUCCCUAGACUGGAAAGCCUUGAUAUUUCUAACACUUCAGUUACUGACAUUACUGCCCUUGUUGCCUGUAAAGACCGUCUAAAAUCCCUUACUAUGCACCAUCUAAAAUGUUUAAAGAUGACAACCACACAGAUCCUAGAAGUUAUCAGGGAACUAAAAAGCCUCAACCAUUUGGAUAUUUCUGAUGAUAAGCAGUUCACAUCUGAUAUUGCAUGCCGUUUGCUUGAGCAGAAUGACAUUCUUCUUCAUUUGGUCUCAUUGGAUAUAUCUGGAAGGAAGCAUGUUACAGAUAAAGCAGUCGAAGCAUUUAUCAGACAGCGACCUCAGAUGCAGUUUGUCGGUCUAUUAGCCACAGAAGCUGGAUAUUCUGAGUUCCUUUCUGGGGAAGGGUGUGUGAAGGUGUCUGGAGAGGCAAACCAGACUCAGAUUGCUGAAGCUCUCCGCCGGUAUAGCGAACGUUCAUUUUUUGUUCGUGAAGCUCUCUUUCAUCUUUUCAGUCUGACUCAUGUUAUGGAUAAAGCCAACCCUGAGAUGUUAAAGCUAGUUGUAAUAGGCAUGAGGAACCAUCCAACAAAUCUUCCUGUGCAACUUGCAGCCAGUGCCUGUGUUUUUAAUCUCACCAAGCAGGACCUAGCAGCUGGCAUGCCUGUUAAACUCCUGGCUGACGUCACACAUUUACUUUUAGAAGCAAUGAAACAUUUUCCCAACCACCAACAGUUGCAAAAAAAUUGUCUCUUGUCCCUGUGCAGUGACAGAAUUCUGCAGGAUGUUCCAUUUAACAGGUUUGAUGCAGCAAAGCUUGUAAUGCAGUGGCUAUGUAAUCAUGAGGAUCAAAACAUGCAGAGAAUGGCAGUUGCAAUUAUCUCUAUUUUGGCAGCAAAGCUCUCCACUGAACAGACUGCCCAGCUUGGAGCAGAGCUAUUCAUUGUCCGGCAACUGCUCCAAAUUGUAAGACAAAAGACAAGUCAGAAUAUGGUGGACACCACGCUAAAGUUCACCCUAAGUGCUCUGUGGAAUCUUACAGAUGAAUCCCCAACAACCUGCCGUCACUUUAUAGAAAACCAGGGCCUGGAGCUCUUCAUGAAAGUUCUUGAGACUUUUCCGUCAGAGUCCUCCAUUCAACAAAAAGUAUUAGGUUUAUUGAAUAACAUUGCAGAGGUGAAGGAGCUCCAUUCCGAGCUCAUGUGUAAGGAUUUUAUUGAUCAGAUCAGCAAGCUGCUACAUAGCGUGGAAGUAGAAGUCAGCUAUUUUGCGGCUGGAAUUAUUGCACAUCUUGUAUCUCGAGGAGAAGAGACUUGGACAUUAAGUUCCAGCUCAAGAGAAACACUGCUAGAGAAGCUGCAUUCUGCUAUACUCAGCUGGCCAGCACCAGAGUGUGAAAUGGUUGCCUACAGGUCCUUUAACCCCUUUUUCCCACUCCUGGCAUGUUUCAGGACGCCCGGUGUUCAGCUCUGGGCAGUGUGGGCAAUGCAGCAUGUGUGUAGCAAAAACCCUGUAAGAUACUGCAAUAUGCUGAUCGAUGAAGGUGGUCUGGUCAAAUUGCACCGUAUUAGAGACCACGUGUGUGCUGAUCCUGAUGUCCUGCGCAUUACCAUUGCCAUCCUGGACAACCUAGACAGGCACCUGAACAAACAUGGCAAUCCUCCCUGCCCAAAACCACCAUUUACCAAGUAACACAGAACCCAGAAGUCUGCUUCGACUGAUAGGAUUAAGUCUGGAUUUACGUGUUGCUUGUGUUCAAAAUUGUAUUUUAAAGUGAAAACUGAUUUAAUGGAGAAAGAAGAAACAAAACUGAAUGCUUGCAUAAUCUGGACAAAUGUGCAUAUAAGUAAGCAGUGUUUUUGACUGGGCAAUGUUGCACAAAUUCACCCUAUACACAAUUAUUUCUGUAUUUGUACAUUCAGCAAUUUGCACUGAUGCCAGAACUGGAUGUGAUUUUUUCCACUGACCUAUUCAUGCUGGAAUAAGGAUGAUACAGUCUCUCCGUUUGCUUCUGCUGGAUUUCAUUAACAUUUUCUGUUAUAGUUGAUUCCAACUGCUGCUGAAUUCCUUGUUUUAGACUGUACCAUAAGCAUUUGACGUGCAUGAAACUUAAUGGACCCUGGAUGCAGUACCUUGUUUUUUUCCUCUCCAAUAUUUUUGUAAAAUACAUAUUUGAACUAAUCCACUCAUCUUCCCAGACUACCCAUAUGUUUGCACUGAUAUGUCUUAAAAUCUUAAAUUCAUGAAGUUUAGUUGGUUAGAAAAGGUUAGUUAUAGUCUUCACAGGACAUGCAUCCACUUGCAGUAUCCAUCCCCAACUCAUAUAGAAGAGGGAUGCUAUGGGCUGUAGUUCUGUGACACCUGGAGGACCAGAUAAUUUCUACCAUGUAAUAACAUGACCAAUAAAUAUGGCAUACAGGACGUUUGGCAUCAAGGUUAUGGCUCAGGUAAUGUCCUCAGCGACUUUGAAAGCAGAACAUUUUUUAAUGAAGCUCUAAUUGUAAGAGGCACAUUUAUCAAGGGUCGAAGUCCAAAUUCAUGUGAGUUUUUUAAACCUCCCAUAAACUCAAAUAAAUUUGAAAUUCAACCCAUCGAAAUGUAUUAAUAAAAUUGAAUUUUCAUAGCUCGGACGAACUCAAUUGACCCAAAAACUCGAAUCAAAUUAAAAAAACUUGAUUCGAGUUUUUUUUGGAGAAGUCAGUAAACAUCACCGAAUUGAUCCCUGGACCUCUCCCACUGACUUAUACAGCAAUUCGACAGGUUUAAGGUGGCGAAUAGUCGAAUUCGAGUUCUUAAAGGGCCAGAGUAUUAUAAAUCUUGAAAAUUUGAAGUAGAAUUAAAACUUGAAUCAAGAGCAUUCAAACUUGAGAGUUUUGACCAAAAGCAAAUUUGAAUUUUCACUUCGACCCUUCAUAAAUCUGCCCCUAAGUGUUUUAAUGUUCUUGAUAACUUUUAUCAUGUUUUUGAACAAACACUUCUGAUUUGUCAUCAUGGCUAUGUCAAUUUAAUACAGAUUUCAUGGAUAUUGGUGCAAUUUAGUGUCACAUUCAAGCUAAGUAUGCUGUAGUCCAGUAACUAUUUAGUAAAGACUUGCUAAACAGUUAAGAUACCAUUUAAUGGUGAUUUUUUUUUUUUUUUUGCUUCUAAUUACUGGUGCUUUUAUGCAGUCAUAUCUUGUAUGGGACCAUCUGGUGGAAAUUGGGACUGUUUUUGUUUAUUCCCACCAAUGGUAGUUUGUGAUCUGCUGCCUGGUGGGUAUUUUUGUUUUGUUUCUCACAUCUGGGCCCUAAAGGUAAUUUGGCAAUUGAUUUUUAUCAAGAUGAUGUUCUGAGGCAAAAACUCGAAACUAGCGCCUUGGUAAAUCGUAUUGCUGUUCUUAUUCCAACAAGCGCAAAUGCUAAAGCAAUUGUGUCCAGCAGUGAUUUGGCAUCAGUUCAGUGUGAUUUUAAAUGCAGUAUUAGAAUUACAUAUCUCCAUGCCCUAUGUGGAGAUUGUUCUCUGUUACUGGAGGAACACAAUUUCUAGCAGAAUUGUAUUUCUUGCCUCCAUAUUGUAUAUAGGUGUUAUUUUAAGACAUUUUAGGAAAAAAAUGCUAUUUCCUUUUUGUUUUUGAAUGGGAUAAAAGUAAUGUAUAUACAUUUCCAGAUAAGAUCUGAGUUUAGGCAUUUUUACAUUUUAGCAGAAUAUGAAACUGUAAAGCGUAUAAUGUUUAAUUUAACUGUAGAAUAUGAUUAUAAAACAAGAGUAUUGAAUGUUUGGAUUCAACUGCUGCUGAAGGACUAUUACACUUCCUAUAGUAUAUAUAAAUAAUAGAAACAGCCAUGGGGGAAAAUCUUGCACAUGAUCAGACCUUUAACUCAAGUUUAGUAUAAUGACACCGUCUUGUAUGCUUUGUACAAAAUGUGGCAUCUUCAUGAAAUAUCAUCAAAAUUAUGUUUGUGCCUGAAAACCAUAAAAAAAAAUUGGAAAGUGUAGUUUCAUGUAACCAGUGUACGUGUUUGCUGUAUUAGGGGGUAGUUGUGCAGGUAUACUCGAGGCAAUAACACAAUGUGAGCUCAGUGAAGACUGCAGAAAAGACUAACAUUAAUAGGCAGCUAAUAAUGGUGGAGAAAGCCCAACAACUGGUGAUGUUAUGUGUUUCCUUUUUUUUUUAACAAGGGGGUCAAUAUUUUUCCCACAGGUAAAGCAUUGUUGCACAGACUCCCUUACUGAACAACAUAGAAUGCAUUCUCCAAUUACUAUUUAUUGCAUUAUAAUACAUUGAUAUAUAAGCACACGUUUGAUCUCCUCCUAUAUUAUAUUCUGGUAUACUGCACAUCAUUUUGCAUUCAAAUGUUAUACUAUAGCCAUAUUUUUUAAAAAUGCUUUACGAUUUAUGGUUAAUCUGUAACAUGUACAAUUGUUCUUUUGCUACUUUUGUCUUUUAUUAAACUUAAUGUUAAUGGUC